CCCACGCCGGAAGUGGCGUCGCCUUCCGGGCGCUGAGCGUGAGGGGAAGGGGAGCGCGAUGCCGACGGGAGACUACGACUCGAAGCCCAGCUGGGCCGACCAAGUGGAAGAGGAGGGCGGAGAGGACGACAAAUGCAUCACGAGCGAGCUGCUGAAGGACAUCCCCCUGCCCGGGGUGCUGGGGGGCAGCCUGAGCGCCGAGGCCGAGCUGCUGAAGGGAGGGCCGCUCCCUUCCCCUAAGGAGCUCAUCAAUGGCAACAUCAAAACCGUCACCGAGUACCGGGAGGAGGAGGAUGGGAGCAAGGUGAAGAUCAUCCGCACCUUCCGCAUUGAGACCAGGAAGGCCUCCAAGGCGGUGGCGCGGAGGAAGAACUGGAAGAAGUUUGGCAACUCCGAGUUCGAUGCCCCCGGCCCCAAUGUGGCCACCACCACCGUGAGCGACGACGUCUUCAUGACCUUCAUCACCAGCAAGGAGGACCUCAAUUGCCAAGAGGAGGAGGAUCCCAUGAACAAGCUCAAGGGCCAGAAGAUCGUCUCGUGCCGCAUCUGCAAAGGGGACCACUGGACCACGCGCUGCCCCUACAAGGACACCCUGGGCCCCAUGCAGAAGGAGCUGGCCGAGCAGCUGGGCUUGUCCACAGGGGAGAAGGAGAAGCUGCCUGGAGAGCCGGAGCCGGUGCAGGCGCAGCAGAGCAAGACGGGCAAGUACGUCCCGCCCAGCCUGAGGGAUGGAGCCAGCCGGCGUGGGGAGUCCAUGCAGCCCAACCGCAGGGCCGAUGACAACGCCACCAUCCGUGUCACCAACCUCUCCGAGGACACCCGCGAGACCGAUCUCCAGGAGCUCUUCCGCCCCUUCGGCUCCAUCUCCCGCAUCUACUUGGCCAAGGACAAGACCACGGGGCAGUCCAAGGGCUUUGCCUUCAUCAGCUUCCACCGCCGCGAGGAUGCGGCGCGGGCCAUUGCCGGUGUGUCCGGCUUCGGCUAUGACCACCUCAUCCUCAAUGUGGAAUGGGCGAAACCCUCUACCAACUGAUGGCGAUGCCGGUGCCAUGCCGGGGCCUCUCAAUAAAGAGCCAAGCACUCUGG